GGGCUAUGCAUACCAGUGUGCGUCUUGCCAAUUAAGUCUCUGACCACUGUUGCGUGGAGACGACGCUCAGCCUCCAUAGUAACGGAUUAUGCCAUCCAGAAUAAGUUGGCACCUUUCAUCACGAUGCAGGGUCAUCACUGCCUCGGCACCGCGAGGAAAGUGCGAGAUGUUACCUACGGUCAAUAUGUUGGGUGUUGGUGUUCUGCCAUGGUCGCCCCUGGCACGAGGAAUCCUCACUCGUCCCUUGUCAGCGCAGAGUAAGCGAGGGAAACACGAUGGCUGGUCAGGGCCUUACAAGACGUUCUCCGGGACCGCCGAAAUCAUCAAACGGUACUUGUGUCAAUCCGCGAUCGCACGAGCAUCUGACCGACCUAUCGCCGUGUGCAGAGUGAAGGAACUUGCAGAGCAGAACUGUGCAAGCAUGGCUCUUACAUGGAGUCUAUCGAAGGACGGCCAGUGUCUGCCUCCGUGAGACACCAUGGUGGUUUAUUCAGCAUUGAUCCUCGAUUCAGGCGUCACUGCGCCCGUUGUUGGCUCAAUAAGUCUGGGAAACCUGGAAGUAUCAUCGCGCUGACGAGACUGCACGGUC